AUGGUCCCAUUGGCGACACCCUUGCCAUCAUCUACGAAGGACACUAUUAGUCUUCCCCAGAAUUCAUCAAAUCCUUCAUCUCCACAUACGUCAACAGAUAGUUCUGAGUAUAUAUGGACUGUACCGUGGGUCACAACUCGGCCAUCUUCCACGGAGGAUCCCGGGAUCACAAUCACGCAAACACCGACAGGUGCCUCUUUCGUGACCCUUAGCGACUUCAGUAUAACCACUCCAACUAUCAUCACGACCACCAAAGCCGGAAGCAACGACCAAGAGAUCGUGCCAGUCAUUCUUGUGAAGCCGAAGAAGAAGAACCCCACAGACCCGGAUCCAAUUCCAGUGCCGGUGGUCUGCUUUGGGUGCUUUCCGGGUAUCCAAUUCCCACCAAAGAUCAAAGUGACACUUAAGUUACCUGAGAUUUGCACUCAGAUUCUAUGGUUCAAGAUUGGAAACUGUCCCUCGGGCGAAGACAAAAAGGGCGGAGGUGGUGGUGGAGGCGACGGCAACGACGAUGAGAAACCCGACGACGAACCCGACGACCCGGAGAGCACACAAAAGUCAACAGAAAAGACAUCGUCAACGUCUUCGUCUUCGUCAUCUUCUUCAUGCACCGUUACUGCGUCUGCUACUCACCAGACGGUGCGUCCGUGGAGACAGUACCUCCCUCCUGACGACGGCUCAAACUACAUGUCUCAGCAGCACCUACACAACGAUCACCGGCUGCAGCGUCACAAACACAGCGACAAUAGUGACCACGACCGUUGCCAGCACUCAGAUACCAUUUUAUCCGCCUUGUUAUCGCAUAUUUGCGGUGGCGGUGUCUGCCAAUCCACUCCAAAUCGGGCGUUGUCUCGCGACAAGGAAAAGCGCGGAAACCCAGCUCAGGGCGAGUGGGUUGAUCCCGAUGACUAUCCCAACGGAUAUGCCGAGUUUAUGCCUGCUCAGCUCCGAGAGGCAAGAAGUCGGCCGGGAGGUGAAGGCUUCGCACCGAAGCUCCUCAAGCAAGGCCCGGGUCCUGCUCGAGGGCCCUAUCCCAUCUUCAACGAUACCGACGAGUGA